AUGUCGUCGUUUAGUGAAGCCGGUCAGCCAGAGUUGAUUCGAAGCAAUCAGAAGGAUCUACUCUACUCAGGCGUCGUCAAGCAACAUGUCUCCGACACCGUACUCGCGCUGUUCGGAUCUCUGUCAUGGGCUAGAUGGCAACGUGAAUUGGCUGUUUUAUCUGAUAUGCUUUACUUUGGACUGACGACGGUGUGUGGAUACCAGACACUUGGAGAAGAAUAUUGUAAUAUUGUACAGGUGGAUAGUUCGGGAAGGAAGAUACCGUCGCUGGCGAGACGUCUUUCUCUUGUUCUGGUUUCAGUCUGUUCUCCCUAUAUCAUUCACAAGCUGCUCAACAGACUAGAGAGAUUGCCGUCUGACCAAUCCACAGAACUGGCAUUAUUUCAAAGAGCAAUUCCUGUCAUUAGACACGUUAUCAGUGUUCUUCAUAGAUCUCACAUGGCUGCAUUCUAUCUCAACGGCGUGUUCUAUCACAUUGCCAAGAGAAUAACAGGCAUUAGAUACCUGUUGGCUCGCCACAGCUUGGUCGAUGGCAGCUCACAGUCAGCAUUUCGGUUGAUUGGGUGGUUGGUUACUAUACAACUUGCAGUGUCGCUCGGUUUACAGCUGUGGCGAUGGCGAGCAAGCGAUGACGCCAAUCAAACAAGCAGGUCUCACAUGCCAGACAGCUCGGCUGGAGGCCGCUGUGACAAUGUUGACAUUACCAACGAGGCAUUCGGGAAAUGCUCGUUGUGUUUAUCAACCCGACGAGACAUCUCGGCCACACCAUGUGGACACCUGUUUUGCUGGACAUGCAUCAUAGAUUGGACAACAGACAAGCUUCCCACGCAAGUGAAACUCAAAGUUGCCGUCUGUGUGCACGCAACUAUUUGCAGCGAUGAUGUCUAUGGAUUGCAACUGCACUGUUUGCCGACGGCGCGGGGAAAUGAAGGAAAACAAUUUGAGAGGACAAAUACAGGGGGGAUGACGUAAUAAACACUUAAUAGCAAUUAAAAUGGUCGGGCGUGACGUUAUUUACUCUAAAGACUCUAAACGGUAAUACUAUCAUCUCCAGAAAUCUCAUCAAAUCCAUUGUAACACAACACUUGCUUCUACAAUCUCGUGCACUGCGAACCAAUGCGACACACAAGUGUGGUCAUGUUUUACGCGCCUAAUUAGUUAGUAAGUUCUAUUUGGUCUCUAUCUCGCCCACUUACUUAUCUACAAUAUGUAUUUUAAUGAAUAACAUUGAUGAUGUUUACUUGCAUGUUUG